AUGGCCGUCCUCGCCGGCCCGGAGCGGCCCCUCAGCCCCGCGCUGCGCAUGCGCGGCCCCGCCCUGCGGGCAGAGGCCAGGGGAGCGCUGUCCCUCUGCCCGCAGGAGAAGUUGGCGCUGAAGAAGAAGCGGAAGAAGGAACGAGAGGCCCUCGGAGACAAAGCACCUCCAAAAGCCAUACCAAAGACUAUUGAAAAUCAGCGAGUGUAUGAUGAAACCACUGUAGAUCCCAAUGAUGAAGAGGUUGCUUUUGAUGAAGCAACUGAUGAAUUUGCACCAUACUUUAAUAGACAGACAGUUCCCAAAAUUCUUAUUACAACGUCAGACCGACCUCGUGGGAGAACAGUGAGAUUCUGUGAGCAGCUGGCUACUGUUAUACCCAACUCACAUGUCUACUAUCGAAGAGGACUGGCUUUGAAAAGAAUCAUUCCACAGUGCAUUGCGAGGGACUUCACGGAUUUAAUUGUCAUUAAUGAAGAUCGCAAAAUACCAAAUGGUCUUGUUUUAAGUCAUCUGCCUGAUGGUCCAACUGCUCAUUUUAGAAUGAGUAGUGUGCGUUUGCGUAAAGAAAUAAAGCGAAAAGGGAAGGAGCCCACAGAACACGUCCCUGAAGUGAUCCUGAAUAACUUCACAACGCGGCUUGGCCAUUCCAUUGGCCGCAUGUUUGCUGCUCUCUUCCCACACGAUCCUCAGUUCAUUGGAAGACAAGUAGCUACAUUUCAUAACCAGAGGGACUACAUCUUUUUCAGAUUCCACAGAUAUAUCUUCAAGAGUGAAAAGAAAGUGGGGAUUCAAGAACUUGGACCACGUUUUACAUUAAAGCUGAGGUCACUUCAAAAAGGAACCUUUGAUUCCAAAUUUGGAGAAUAUGAGUGGAUUCAUAAGCGUCGAGAAAUGGACACAAAUAGAAGAAAAUUCCACUUAUAAGUGAAAUCUGCCAAUUGCUGGUGACCAGGAAUACAGCAGCUGCUUUGAACUAUGGAUGAUCUUGGACUCCUAACUAAUGAAAAUGAUACUGAAUGUUCUGUCUGCAGAAAGACAAACAGCAAACAUUAGAACUUUCUUCAGCAGCAAUCAAGUAGGAUGUGCCUUUCUUCCUGUUUGUAGCCAACAUGACAAGGACAGUGACCUUUUCCAGUUUACCAGGAAAAAUUAUGGCCAUGUUUGAGCAACUUGUCAUUUAGCUAUCACAAAGGAUUUGCCAGAACUGCUGCUGUGCUGCAGAAACAGAUUAUGCCUCACAACAAAGACAGCAAAUAUGUUGGUUAAAGAAAUUUUCAAAAUAAAGUAUUUCUAGUUUUACAGUUUGGUUUUAUUUUUUCUGUUAGCCCAGACAUCUUCAAUCAGGUAAGAGAUAAACACUUUAAACUUUUUUCUAACUUACAGUAUGCUGUUUCCUGACAGUAUGGGAAUAGUUUUCCAAAAAGGUUCUCCUAUCCAGAGAACAUGGAGAAGGCAGUAUGCAAUCCAUGAAAUCCAUGGUAUUUUAUUUAAUUAGCAUUUUGCAUAAAGUAGGCAUGUUGCUGAAGUUACAAAAGCAAUGCAUAACUCCUACAGGUAUCUCUUCUGUAAAUACCACAUUGAUAAGAGGUCUACAUACCCAAAGCAGUUGAAAGGAAACAAAGACAGAUGGGAAAGAAUCAUAAAACACCCUUACAGGCAAUACAUAAAGCUGUCAUCUAAAAAUGCUGCUCAGUGACUGUGAAGUCUGAGCAGGGUUUUCCCCAGUAAAAUUUUAAAAAUGCUUCUUUAGCCUCACAGCAACACUCGAGUUGGUAUUAUCUGUACAUAAACUACUGUUUUGCCUUAAGUUGCACAUUGACUGGCAGCUAAAAGGUCAAGUUUUCUCUGAGCUACUUUCUUUUCAUAUACAGCUGUAAGUGCUUUUUCAUAUUUACCUAAUGAAUAAGAAGGUGCAUAAGAGUAAGUUAUCUCCUAGGGUAGAAUUACUCAUUAAGAUAAAGAAUAAUUUACUCUGUCUUAAUGUGAUGUUUAUGAUAUGGCACAGCUGUAUAGCUGAAUUACAAACAGUCCAAAAUUUUUUUGUGUUCUAUUUCUGUUAUGCUUCUAAGUAUGGUACUGCAUGGAGUCUCAUUGUUCUGAAGGACUGUUAACCGCAGGCAGACUUGCAGCAGCAGAGAAUAUUUACACUUCUCUCUCUGCUCUCCAGCUGCCUACACCACGAUGCAGUGACUGAGGUGCCACCAUACCCAGCAGUUAAUCAAAUUCUUACAGUAAUUUAAAGCCCAGACUAAGUCAAGACACUUUUAUUUUUUGCUUGGCAUAUAAAACCGAUUCCCGUAUGAAACAGAAACACGUAA